AUGGAACCAAAAAAUGGCACUGAAGUGACUGAAUUCAUUCUCCUGGGAUUUGUUGGUCAACACAGAUUUUGGCUUAUACUCUUCAUAGUCUUUCUACUGAUCUAUUCAGCUACCUUAAUAGGCAAUGUUGGGAUGAUCCUACUCAUCAAGAUUGACUCUUCACUUCACACCCCUAUGUAUUUUUUCCUCCAACAUUUGGCUUUUGUUGAUCUUUCUUAUGCCUCUGCUAUCACUCCCAAGAUGCUGCUGAAUUUUGUAUGCACAAACAAAUCCAUCUCAUUUACAGGAUGUGUGGUACAAUUACUGGUCUAUGGGACUUUUGUAACCAGUGAUUGCUACAUCCUGGCUGCUAUGGCAGUGGACCGUUAUGUGGCCAUUUGUAACCCACUUCGCUACCCAGUUGUCAUGUCUCAGAGGCUCUGCACUCAGCUGCUAGCUGGUUCAUAUGUCAUGGGUUUCCUAAAUGCUUCUGUAAACACAGGUUUCACUUUCUCAUUGCCAUUUUGCAAGUCCAAUGCAAUUAACCACUUUUUCUGUGAUGUACCUCCAAUUCUUGCCCUGUCAUGCUCCAGCGUUGACUUCAACAUCAUGGUCCUGACAGUCUUUGUAGGGUUUAACUUGACAUUCACCAUGUUGGUGGUCAUGUUUUCCUAUAUGUAUAUUCUGUCCGCCAUCCUGAGGAUGUCUUCUGCUGCAGGGAGGAAAAAAGCCUUUUCCACCUGUGCCUCCCAUGUCACAGCCGUCACCAUUUUCUAUGGGACUCUUUCUUAUAUGUAUGUCAAUCAUGGAGCCAAUAGGUCUCAAGAGCAGGAACAGGUGGCUUCUGUGUUUUAUGGUAUUGUGAUUCCCAUGUUAAAUCCCCUCAUCUACAGUCUGAGAAACCAAGAUGUGCUAGAAGCCCUAAAACGGAUAGGAAAUAAGUGCUUCUAG